CCUUUUCUAAAUAUUGGGGGGGGGGACACAUCCCGUGCGAUAUUACUCAAGGGAAGCAAAGUACACCACCAGAGGAGGCUGGGCUUAAAGCUGAGGGACUCUUUUAAAGCAAGUCCCUGAGUCUGCCUCUCGAGUUCAAUCCAUUCCAUUCACCAUGUUUGGGACAAUCAUUCUACUAUGGAUCUGCGUUGUAUUCGUCAUCCUUCAACUGAAAUCCAGGAGACCCAAGAACUUUCCUCCAGGACCCCCUAUCCUGCCCAUAUUGGGAAACAUUUUGAACAUAAGCUUGGAGAACCCCCUGAAGGACUUUGAGAGGCUGAGGAAGUCUUAUGGAAAUGUCUACAGUCUGUACAUGGGCCCCAAACCAGCUGUGGUCAUCAACGGGAUGGAGGCCAUGAAGGCGGCUAUGGUGUACAAGGCCAAUGAUUUUGCUGGACGGCCCCAAGAUCUGUUCAUCAAUGAAACUACCCAGAGGAAAGGAGUGAUUCUGGCAGAUUAUGGCCCCGGCUGGAAGGAGCAUCGUCGCUUUGCUCUGAUGACUCUGAGAAACUUUGGUAUGGGGAAGAAUUCAAUGGAAGACAGAAUCUAUGGAGAGAUAAAGUACGUCAUAAGGCAACUGGAAACGAGCAUUGGCAAACCCUUCAGUCCCCAACUCAUGUUUCACAACGCAGCCUCCAACAUCAUCUGCCAGGUUCUGUUUGGGAGACGCUUCGAGUAUGACGACAAUUUCAUCAAAGUGAUUGUUGGCUGCUUCACUGAGAAUGCCAAGAUAGCCAAUGGACCAUGGGCUAUGCUGUAUGACUCUCUUCCCAUGAUCCGUGGUCUGCCACUGCCCUUCAACAAGGCCUUUAAGAAUGUUGAGACUUGUCAGAAACUUGCAAAAGGUUUGUUGGUGGAGCACAAGAAGACCAGAGUCCCUGGAGAUCCACGAGACUUUGUUGACUGCUACAUGGAUGAACUUGAUAAGAGGGGCGAGGAUCCUGCUUCAUUUUCAGAAGAACAGUUGCGUAUGUUCGCUCUUGAUCUUCACUUUGCUGGGACUGACACGACCUCCAACACCAUACUGACUGGUUUCCUCUACCUUUCAACGUACCCACACAUACAAGAGCGCUGUCAGCAGGAGAUAGACUCCGCUCUGGAGGGGAAGGAUCGGGCCAGUUUUGAUGACAGACACAACAUGCCGUACAUGCAGGCUGUGAUCCAUGAAGUGCAGAGGGUAGCCAACACUGUUCCGCUCAGCGUCUUCCACUGUACAACCAAAGACACAGAGCUCAUGGGAUAUUCCCUCCCCAAGGGAACGCUGGUCAUCCCGAACCUGGGCUCAGUGCUGAAUGAGGAGGGACAAUGGAAAUUCCCCAAUGAAUUCAACCCUGAAAACUUCCUCAACGACAAGAGAGAGUUUUUUAAACCAGAGGCUUUCAUGCCAUUCUCUGCAGGUCCUCGGAUGUGUCUCGGAGAGAGUCUGGCUCGUAUGGAGCUCUUCCUCAUCCUGGUGACGCUGCUGAGGAAGUUUAAGUUCAGCUGGCCUGAGGAUGCAGGAGAGCCAAACUACGCUCCAGUCUAUGGAGUCACCCUGACUCCCAAACCCUACAACAUGAUAGUCACACUCAGGGACAGCCAGUAAGGCGAUCAACAGGAGACCAACCUGGAUUAACACAGACAGCCAUUAAAGGGAGCAUUCAGACUUUUUGAACUGGGGAUAUAUUGGAUACUUAUUAGUGACUGUACUACGUUCAGAAGAUACAAUCAGCACUGAUCUUGUUUGGAAAAGCUGGCCAGAGUACUGAGACAGGAAGUUAUGUACUGCUGUACACAGGGCAUGCAGAAGACACAAUAAAGCCACUUAGAUAAAGUUUUCCACAAAAAAAGCACAAUAUUUUUGAUUAUUUUCAGUGCUUCAAGCGUAAAGAUCUUCCUCAGGCUUGGGGAAAAGUUUGUGGACCUUUUCUCUGCAGUUAGUACAUUUCUUGUGGAGCUGUAUGCAUUUUGCCUGGAUGUGCGCACAGUAGUUUUCACUAUUUUUAGUACCUCACCUUUAAACAAAGUGCCAAAAGGAAUGGACCGUCAAAUAUCAAGGUGAAGUGCUUACAUUGAUUUGUAGGACUUUUGAAGUAGUUUGAGGCCCGUGUUUCUCAUGAACCUGUCUGCUUAGCUUAGCUUAGCUUCUAGGGAGCGUGCCUAUGUUCCCACAGCCCUAUGUUCCCACAUUUCCUUUUUCAUAAAUUCCUAUCAGAUUUUAUCACGCUUUCUCCCAAUUUGGUAGCCAAUUACACCCAACCUAUUGUCCAGUAGCAAUAGCUAAAUCUGGUGCGCGAAAUAAAAUUACUCACUCAUUCAUUCAUUUACUAUAAAGUGCUUCCAAAAACAUCUUGUGGGAGGAUAGGGCUUAAAUUGAAGGGAACACAAGACCAAUUUUGAAAAUGUCCUAGAAAUGUGGGAACAUACGGUUUAAUUUUGAGAAAAAUCUUAGAAAUGUGGGAACAUAGGGCUGACCCCAGUUUGUAUGUAGGUUCUCAGGUUGGCUUCUUCAAACAUUGACCCCACUGACUGUUGUCUACUAUUAUACAGUACAUUCCCUGUUAAUAAUGUCCUCAUACAACCAAGCUUAAAGAAGCUCUAACCUCAUAAAACCCAACUGCAAGGGUGAAACCAAGAAGGGCUUGUUCUAUUAACGGCACAUAAGAAAACAUCGAGAGCCAAAGGUAACUUUAAUCUGAUGUAAUCUUACUCUCGCCCUAGCAAAGAAUAAAUGGUUGGCUGCUUGUCCCAGCCUUAUGACAACA